AUGAGCGCCACGCGCGCAGAGAUCUUGCUGGCAUAUCGGAAACUCUAUCAACAUGCACUACGGGCGGUGAAGUACACCUCACCGGAUUCGAUAGUUGUUCGAGAAAAGCUGCGUCACGCGUUUCGCGAAUCCCCUAAGGAGAGUUUUGAUGCUGCUCGGAUUGCGCGGACGAUGGAGUUUCUCGACAAUGCUGCCCGGAUGAAGGGUCUCGAAACCAAGAUCGUGAAGAAUCUCAUCCACAUCGCGUGGGGCAAGCAUAAAAUGACAUAUACUUUGAAUCCGGCAAUGCACGCUUCCGAUAGAUUGCUACGAAGACAGGCUUACGACCAGGUCGAUGCCACGGUGGAGAAGCUCAACGAGAGUAUGGGACUUUGCUUGCGAUGA